AUGUCUAAACGUACAAAAAGAACAAUAGAAGAAAUUGACCAAUUUGAAGCCAACCAAUCAGAAGAAUCUCAACCUCAAAUAGAAGUUUUAGUAACCAAUACAAUAAUUGUCAAAAAAAAUUAUAACUAUUAUCUCGAAUUAACAAAUUGGAAGCUUAAUGAUAAGAUCGAUAAAGCUGUGUUAAAAAAAGCAUUUCCAAAUUUUAAUGAUU